CAGAAUUUUCUAGGCAUUAGGGAUGUAGGGAAUAUUAGGAACAAAUUAUUCAAACCCAAAGACUCAAACUAGAAGCACUAAAAUCAAUUUCUAUCUCAACUAAGGAGAGUAUUUGUAUCACAUAACUGAUACAUGCCAUUCAAAUGACUUCAUUCUGGCACAAACCAACAAUUAAUCAAGUAAAGCCCAGAAAGCAAAAGACUCUUUGAACUCUAUCUCGUCAAAAACUCGGAUAUGGAAGCCCCUCCAAAAUGAAUGGACGUAAAACUAAUUGGAAAAAUCUCUUGAAAAAUUUGGUAAGAUGUUUCCUGAUGAAGAAGCAGACUUACAGCUUAAAGCAAUGAAAGCAUGGACACUUCAAAAUGAAUCUCAAAAUCAGCUUCAAAUCGUAGGCGUCCAAAAAUUGUUGUCCUCACUAGAAGUGCCAACAUAGGAUAAGUACUGAGGAUCAUGUUGACUUGCAGAAGAAGACAAAAACGUAUACCAGUGAAUUUCAAAGAAGCGAAAGCUAAAGCAUAAAGGUGAACAAAAAAAAACCUCUGCUCUGAAGAAGUGGAUUCCAUUAAUUAUGAUGACAGGCAUUUCAGAAUUUCAAAUUGUUAAAAGUAGGAUUUGGAUGUCUGUAUGCUGCAAUUGUAACAGAAAAACAUUAUAUUUGGUAGCCUAUGGAAACAAUGUUGACAGGGGGUUUCUCAUAUUUUUAUCACUUCAAUUCUUUAUGGCGUUCGUAAGGUGUUAUGUGGCAAUAAGAGCUAAAGCUACUAGUUUCUUUAAGAUCUAGUAUGCAUGUAUCAUAAAUGCUAACCAAUUCUUCAAGUAAACUAACUAAGACAGAUGCACCAUAAGCUCUUUCAAUUGUUUAAGAUCUUGGCAUAAGCUGGUUGUGAUGCCUGGUUUGUGCUGCUGUCAUUUACUUAUGUCUGAUACUCCCCACCUUCCCAUUAGUUAUCAGACGAAUGAAAACCUUGGUGCAAGACCCCCUGGCAGUCCUGCUAUGACUGUCAACAAGAGUGUAAAAUACCUCGUGUGCCAAGGAAACCCUUUUCAGUCAGCAAGACUGUAUGAGGUAUUGGAUGUUUACACUGGACGAAAUGGUUUGCUCAGCCAUGGUAAUACUCUUGGACCGUGGUUGUUCAUAGAUUCAUCAACAAUUGACCCUCAAACGUCAAGAAAGCUCUCUGCCACCAUAGCUGAUUGUUCUCUGAAAAGGAAAAGAGAUGGUUUUGAGGUUCCGGCCAUGUUGGAUGCUCCUGUAUCCGGAGGUGUUCUUGCUGCUCAAGCUGGAACACUUACUUUCAUGGUGGGUGGCUUGGAGGAAGCUUAUGUGGCUGCAAAACCCUUAUUUCUCUCAAUGGGGAAAAGCACAAUUUAUUGUGGUGGAGCAGGAAAUGGUUCAGCAGCAAAGAUCUGUAACAAUUUGGCAAUGGCUGUCAGUAUGCUUGGUGUAUCAGAGGCCCUUGCUUUAGGUCAGAAAUUGGGUAUUGCUGCCAGUACUCUGACCAAGAUAUUCAAUUCUUCAAGUGCUCGCUGUUGGAGUAGUGAUACUUACAAUCCAGUGCCUGGAGUGAUGGAUGGGGUGCCUGCUUCAAGGAACUAUGAUGGUGGGUUUGCAUCAAAGUUGAUGGCUAAAGAUCUAAAUCUUGCUGCAGAAUCAGCCAAAGAAGUAGGUUUGGAAUUUCCACUGACAUCUCAAGCAGAAAAGAUAUUCACUCAGCUUUGCAAUGAUGGGCAUGGAAUGAAGGACUUCUCAUGCGUCUUCCGCCACUAUUACCCUGGAAACGAUGAGCUAUAGUUUCGUUAUCUGAAAGAAAAUUUCAUAUCCUACAACAUCUUUUAUCCAGAUUCAGAUCCCAGUAUUUUUCACAAACUCAAUCUAAUACUUACCUGCAGUGUAUGGCCAUGAUUAAACAUGAUCAAGGACAUCUUAAGUGUGGCAACACUUGUUUACAUCUCCUUUCCUGUAUGAGCAGCUAGUGUAGUUUACUUGCAAUCGUGCUUGAAUGAGUUUUCACAUAUAGUACAGCUUUCUUCUGCAC